GCAGUCAACACCCCCGAUAAAUUGGAAUAUCAAUUCUUCCCAGCCAAUAAUUAUGUGUUCACAUUUAAGAUACGUGCACCCAAUGAUGCCCAUUUGGCGCUGACGGCCCAACCAGCCGAAAGUUUUCCCAUGUAUGAGGUAUUCAUUGGUGGCUGGGGCAAUACUAAGUCGGUGAUUCGUCAAAAUCGCCAAAAACCCGAUGUGGUUGAAGUUCCCACGCCCGGCAUCUUGAAUACCAAUGAAUAUCGUGGUUUUUGGAUACGUUGGUAUGACCAGACAAUUACUGUGGGCCGUGAGGGUGAAGCUGCUGCAUUUAUGACAUAUCAUGAUCCACAUAUGUUCCCCAUACAAUAUGUUGGUAUUUGCACCGGUUGGGGUGCCUCCGGUUCGUGGACUUUCGAAGGUAAUUAUCCCAGCGGUCCCUCAUCCGAAUCAUGGAUACCAGCCGCCAAUGGCGUUGUGCCACCCAAUGCCGUAUCGGGUGGCAUUGAUGGCAGCGAUAAUUUAUAUAUUGCUCGUGCCCGUCAUGGCAGUGAUUUAAUCCCCGGCAAAUUACAUCCAUCUCAUGGCUGUUGCUAUGUACCCUAUGGCGGCGUGGAGCAUAGCCAUAAGGAAUAUGAAGUUUUGUGCAAUAGCUAUGGUCGUUGGGUACCCUGGAAUGGUAGCAUGCCACCAACAGCUGUAGUUGGUGGUCAAACUGCAGAAGGUGAACCUCUGUAUAUUGGUCGGGCUCAACAUGGCGGUACUACAACGGUGGGCAAGGUACAACUAUCACAUGGUAGCUGUUAUAUACCCUAUGGUGGUGAGGAGAUGGGUUUCAAAGAAUUCGAAAUUUAUGUUUCACAAUAA